AUGUCUUGCGGCGACAUCUUCCUGGGGCUGCUUGCCGUCCUCUUCCCUCCUAUCGCAGUCUGGAUCAAGUCUGGAAUCUGCUCGUGCGAUUCACUGAUCAACAUCCUCCUCUGCAUGCUGGGGUAUAUCCCUGGCUUGAUCCACGCGUGGUACAUCAUCGCCCGCAACCCCGAGCGGGACUACGACUACGAACCGCUCGACGCCGAGGGUGGAAGAGUCACCUACUACUACAUCCGACACGAACCGUGGAGGCGCGACUACGGAACCCAAGAACAACGCGGUCAUGGCCGACAAGCCCCUCCCCCGCCGCCGCCGCCGCCGCCGAAGCCCCAGAAUCGACCUGCACCCGCACCACCGGCACCGGCACAGUCCGCCAGUGCGAAUGGAGAGGGGAGCAGUAGGCCAGCGCCGCAGGUUGAAGGGCCGAGUGUGGGCGCAGGUGGCGAUGGCCCAGAGGCACCCCCCAGCUAUUCAGAAGUCGUAAGGGGUGACAAUAAGAUCCAAUCUCAAGACUGA